AUGUCUUUCUUUUUUCCCUGUGAAAAAUCAACCAACCUUUUUCUAUAGCGCAGCUGCAGGUUAGAAGUCAAUGGGGAAUAUCUGUUGUCUCUGUGGAUCCAAGGCUGCUGACACCAAAUCUACCACCUCUUCUUCUUCCAACAUCUCCUCACCUUCUUCUUCUGCUCCUGGGAUAUCCAGAACUAACAACUAUGGCAACACUACAUUUUGGGCCAAAAGCAGAACUUCUGGCUACAGCCAGCUUUCAGGAGCUAUGAAGACACCAAAAACUAAAAGCAGCAGCCAGUUGUCGAGAGUAGUGAGGAUUGGAGACCUCGACGGCAUAUGUGUGAAACGAGGAUCAGAACAGUGUUUGCCUUCACCAAAUUUGAAGAAGUAUAGUUUUGCUGAUCUGAAGGCUGCCACAAAUAAAUUUGGGUCUGACAUGAUCUUGGGGUCGGGAGGUUUCGGAACAGUGUUUAAGGGGUGGGUCAAUGGAAAGACCCUCACACCAUCGAAAUCUUUGUGUAGGAUGUGUGUUGCUAUCAAGAAACUGAAUUCUGACGGUUUUCAAGGAUUUAAGGAGUGGCAGUCAGAAGUGAACUUCUUGGGAAGGCUUUCACAUCCUAAUGUAAUUAACCUGAUGGGGUACUGUUGGGAAGAUGAACAACUUCUACUUGUGUAUGAAUUUUUGCCCAAGGGAAGCUUGGAAAAUCACCUUUUCAGAAGACGUGCGACGAUCCUUUCCUGGGAUUUGCGGCUCAAAAUUGCAAUAGGAGCGGCCCGGGGCCUAGCUUUUCUGCAUACUUCAGAAAUGGAAAUUAUCUAUAGGGAUUUCAAGGCCUCUAACAUUCUUCUUGAUGGGAAUUACAAUGCAAAAAUAGCAGAUUUUGGCUUAGCUAAACUGGGGCCUUUAGAGGGGAACUCGCACGUUACAACUCAAGUAAUGGGUACAUACGGUUAUGUUGCACCUGAAUAUAUUGCAACGGGUUAUCUAUAUGUAAAGAGCGAUGUAUAUGGCUUCGGUGUUGUCCUACUUGAGCUAUUAACCGGCUUGCGAGCAAUUGAUGUAAAGCGACCUAACGGGCAACAAAAUUUGGUGGACUGGAAGAAACCCAUGCUCUCUCAGAAAAAGAAGUUGAAGUCUUUAAUGGAUGCUGGAAUGGAAGGCCAAUAUUCUACAAAGGCAGCAUUGCAGGCUGCUCAGCUUGCUUUGAGAUGCCUGGAAAAUGAACCUGGGAAGCGGCCUUCAAUGAGAGAAGUGGUGGAGAUAUUGGAAGAAAUUGAAGGCAUGGAAGGGAAGAAACCAAAAGAAUCAAAAUUAAAAAGCAGCAACUGAUCUUUAGUGUCCUUCUUCAUCUUAUUGCAAUACACAUCCCACCUUUUCCAAGCCACCAUGGCCUUGGAGCUGGACCCAGAAGAUAGACAUCUGUGACUAUAUAGAAUGUGUAAGAUUUAAGGUGUUGCAUGGUUGGAAUUUUUUUCUCAAAAUUCGAAAUAAAUCGAAUAUAAAACUGUUUCAUA